ACUACGGGGAAGAUUUCUGGCGCAAGCGCUCUUCAAGCCGGAGCGCAGAAGUCGCCCCCUGGUGGCCGCCUCCACUUCCGGACACGUCCGUGCGCGCUGGUCACGUGGCGGCCUCCCUUUCCGGCUUCGCUUGGGGCCUGACUGGGCGCUCCUUGAGGCUCGUUGCCGCGUGAGGGGAACCCGUCGCCAUCAUGCCGGUCUAUUUCCAGCGGCCCGAGAACGCCCUAAAGCGGGCGAAUGAAUUUCUGGAGGUUGGGAAGAAGCAACCUGCUCUUGAUGUUCUCUACGAUGUUAUGAAAAGUAAAAAACACCGAACAUGGCAAAAGAUACACGAACCAAUUAUGCUAAAGUAUUUGGAGCUCUGUGUGGACCUUCGCAAGAGCCACCUGGCAAAGGAAGGGCUAUAUCAGUACAAGAACAUCUGCCAACAGGUGAAUAUCAAGUCACUGGAGGAUGUAGUUCGGGCUUAUUUAAAAUUGGCAGAAGAGAAAACUGAAGCUGCUAAAGAAGAGUCCCAACAGAUGGUACUAGAUAUAGAGGACCUGGAUAAUAUUCAGACUCCAGAGAGUGUUCUUCUAAGUGCUGUAAGUGGUGAAGACACCCAGGAUCGUACUGAUCGGUUACUUCUGACUCCUUGGGUUAAAUUUCUGUGGGAAUCAUACAGACAGUGUUUGGAUCUUCUUAGGAACAAUUCUAGAGUGGAACGACUUUACCAUGAUAUUGCACAGCAAGCUUUCAAGUUCUGUUUGCAAUAUACCCGUAAGGCUGAGUUUCGCAAACUCUGUGACAACUUAAGAAUGCAUUUGGGACAGAUCCAGCGUCAUCACAAUCAAAGUACGGCUAUCAACCUCAAUAAUCCAGAGAGUCAAUCAAUGCAUUUGGAGACCAGGCUUGUACAGUUAGAUAGUGCUAUUAGCAUGGAACUAUGGCAGGAAGCCUUCAAAGCUGUGGAGGAUAUACAUGGUUUGUUCUCCUUAUCAAAAAAGCCACCCAAGCCCCAGUUGAUGGCAAACUAUUAUCAUAAAGUUUCUACUGUAUUUUGGAAAUCAGGAAAUGCACUUUUUCAUGCAUCCACACUUCAUCGUCUAUAUCACCUUUCAAGGGAAAUGCGAAAGAACCUCACACAGGAAGAGAUGCAGAGGAUGUCAACAAGAGUUCUUUUGGCCACUCUCUCGAUUCCAAUAACUCCUGAAAGAACUGACAUUGCUCGACUUCUGGACAUGGAUGGCAUAAUUGUUGAGAAGCAGAGGCGAUUGGCAACACUGUUGGGCCUCCAAGCCCCACCUACACGGAUAACUCUUAUUAAUGAUAUGGUGAGAUUUAAUGUGGUACAGCACGUUGUUCCAGAAGUAAAGGAGCUUUAUAACUGGCUUGAAGUAGAUUUUCAUCCCCUGAAGUUAUGUGGUCGUGUAUGCAAGGUUUUAAACUGGGUAAGAGACCAGUCUGAGAAGGAACCAGAACUGCAGCUGUAUAUUCCUCAUCUGCAAAACAACACCAUCCUUAGAUUGCUUCAGCAGGUGGCUCAGAUUUACCAAAGCAUUGAAUUUUCUCAUCUCACUACUCUGGUUCCUUUUGUGGAUGCUUUCCAACUGGAACGUGCAAUAGUAGAUGCGGCUAGACAUUGCGAUUUGCAAGUUCGUAUUGAUCAUACCACACGAACAUUGAGUUUUGGAUCAGAUUUGAAUUACUGCACUCGGGAAGAUGCUCCUCUUGGGCCUCAGUUGCAAAGCAUGCCUUCCGAGCAGAUUAGGAACCAAUUGACAGCUAUGUCUUCAGCCCUUGCUAAAGCACUUGAAGUGAUUAAACCACCUCACUUGUUGCUAGAGAAGGAAGAGCAACACCAACAGGCUGUUACAGCUUACUUAAAAAAUUCAAGGAAAGAACAUCUGCGUAUUCUUGCGCGCCGGCAAACUAUUGAGGAAAGGAAAGAACGUCUUGAAAGUCUGAACAUUCAGCGUGAAAAAGAAGAGUUAGAACAGCGUGAAGCUGAACUCCAAAAGGUUCGCAAAGCUGAAGAGGAGAGAUUGCGGCAGGAGGCAAAAGAGCGAGAAAAAGAGCGCAUUCUUCAGGAACAUGAGCAAAUCAAAAAGAAAACUGUUCGUGAACGUUUGGAGCAGAUCAAGAAAACUGAGCUGGGAGCAAAGGCCUUCAAAGAUAUUGAUAUUGAAGAUCUUGAAGAAUUGGACCCAGAUUUCAUUAUGGCAAAACAAGUUGAACAGCUGGAAAAAGAAAAAAAAGAACUCCAAGAACGUUUGAAGAAUCAGGAGAAAAAGAUUGACUAUUUUGAACGAGCAAAACGUUUAGAAGAAAUUCCAUUGAUUAAGAGUGCCUAUGAAGAGCAAAGAAUCAGAGAUAUGGAUCUUUGGGAACAACAAGAAGAAGAAAGGAUCACAAAUAUGCAGAUGGAACGAGAAAAGGCCCUUGAACAUAAGAAAAGGUUGUCAAGGAUGGUAGAGGACCGUCAUACAUUUAUAACUAAGCUCAAAACAGCAAGACGAUCUGUUUAUGAGGAAAAACUUAAACAGUUCGAAGAAAGACUAGCAGAGGAAAAGCAUAACCGUUUAGAGGAACGCAAGAGACAGCGCAAAGAGGAAAGGCGCAUUGCUUAUUAUCAGGAGAAGGAGGAGGAAGAACAACGAUUGCGAGAAGAAAAGUUGCUUAAAGAACAAGAAGAAAAAGAACGUGCUGAACGUGAAAAACGUGAGCAAGAAAUGCGUGAAUAUCAGGAACGUGUCAGAAAAUUAGAAGAGGUGGAGAGAAAGAAGCGGCAAAGAGAACUGGAGAUUGAAGAGAGAGAACGUCGCCGAGAAGAAGAGAGGAGACAUCUUGAUGAUCCACUGUCAAGGAAGGAGUCCCGUUGGGGUGAUCGAGAUGGUGAAAGUACCUGGAGAAGAAGUGCUGAACCGGAGUCAGAAUGGAGACGCCCAGCGCCUGAAAGAGAGUGGCGUCGUGGAGAAGCACAGGAUGAUGAAAAACCUAUUCAAAAAGAUGAUUCGAAUACACGGGCUACAUCAGAAGACAGAGAUCAGUCUCCUGAUGAAGCACCAGAUGACAAAGCCUUGAAGCAUGAUCUUGAUGAAGAUAAAGGUCCUAGAAAAAUCCUAGAUGAUGAUAGAACAAGUUGGCGCUCACCAGGUGAUGACAGGGGCCCCAGGCGUGGCCUAGAUGAAGAUAGAGGCCCCAAGCGCAGCCUGGAAGAUAGCAGAGGCCCCAGGCGCGGCCUGGACGACGACAGGGGGCCCAGACGUGGCCUGGACGACGACAGGGGGCCCAGGCGAGGCCUGGAUGACGACCGGGGACCCAGGCGCGGCCUGGACGAUGACAGACCCAGUUGGCGCAACACAGACGAUGACAGGGCUCCCAGGCGUGGAUUGGAUGAUGACAGGGGUCCCAGGCGUGGCUUGGAUGAAGAUAGGGGGCCUAGGCGUGGCUUGGAUGAUGACAGGCCAAGUUGGAGAACCACAGAUGAAGAUAGGGGUCCAAAGCGUGGCUUAGACGAUGACAGAAUGUCAAGGCGUGAUGAUGAUCGUGGACUGAGACGUGUUGAUGAUGACAGAGGUCCUAGACGGGGAGAUGAUUCCAGACCUGGUCCUUGGAGACCAUUUGGUAAACCAGGUGGAUGGAGAGAACGAGAAAAGGCUCGAGAGGACAGCUGGGGACCUCCCAGAGACUCCAGACCUUCAGAAGAUCGUGAAUGGGAUAGAGAUAAAGAUCGUGAUGAGAAUGAAAAGGACCGAGAAUUUGACAAAGACCGUGAUUUUGAUCGGGAAGACCGUUUCAGGCGUUCUAGGGAUGAUGGUGGCUGGAGAAGAGGACCAGCUGAGGAGGCUUCAAGCUGGAGGGACUCCGGCCGUCGUGAUGAAUGGGACAGAGGUGGCCGUGACUCUAGAGAUGACCGGGGUCGUGAUCUUCGAGAUCGGCGUGGCGAAGAAAGGGAAAGAAGAGGGCCACCUCCCAGGGCAGACAGAGAGGAAGUGAGCUCUUGGAGACGUGGUGAGGAAAGAAAGGAGGAACGUGAAGAACGUGAAACUGUUCGAAGACCACUUGCUGUAGCUCCUCCUUCUGCAACUUCUGUUUCCAAAGAGCGAGAAAAAGAUGGUGAGAAGGAGAAAGGUGCCUGGAGAACAGAAAAAGAACGGGAAGCCCUUCGUCGCACUAAAAAUGAAACAGAUGAAGAUGGUUGGACCACCGUGCGGCGUUAAGUUCAAAGCCUAAAUGGUUUUAAGUUGGUGUUUAGCAUCAGUUUGAUAACAGAUUAUAAUAUUGGUGCUUUAACACUCUGAAUUGGAAUUCUUUAACAAAAUUUUCUAGGUAAUGUGAAGGCAUGAAACUCUUACUUGUAUGUAACCUGAUCAUGCAUAGAACUUGCAACUAAAAGUUGGAAAUUAAAUACUGGUUAUCUGAAAUUUCAAAUGUUGUGUAUGUCACAGAUCACUUGGUGGUAAGAAAUAAAACAUUGGACUCUGUACUUCUGUUUGAGUGGCAAGUAUAUCUCUGUUAAAAACACAAUUGAAAUUUAUUUUAAGUAGCUUUUCAUCUGGAAAUAAGUAUGUUUGGAAUUACAUUUUUAGUACUUAAAAAUGAUAAUUUUGUGAGGCCAUAGUGGUAAGCAUAAACACUUCCUACUUGGGGUAUUUUGUUGGCAAGAGGUUUUCACUGCUAGUAUUCUGUGAAUUCAGUAUGUUUUAAUUUGAAUUACAUACAGUAAAUAUUACUGAUGUUCAGCUACACUGGGACAUUUUUGUAGACUCUACUUGAAUUCAUAUACUUAUCAAGCCAUUUUACAAUACCAGUUUUCACAGUGAAUGCUACUGCAGUGUCAAAACAACCAAUGACAAUUUGAAAGCAUUUGAAUGAACACCACUGAGGGCUCCCCCCCCCCACUGCAUAUAGACUCUGCUUUUUUCUGUUACGGAUAAUUCAUGCCUUUUCCAAGCAUUUAUAUUAUAAUGUCCUAUUUCAAGUGUGUGGUUGGAGGAAAUGCUCACUCUUCCUUUAUUUCCCAAUUUCUUGUCUUCAGAGUAAGUGCUUUACCUUUAAACCAAGUGCUUUGUAGUAAGGGCUGGUUGACUUCAAUUUGGGGUAUUGAAUUAGUAAAGUUAGUGAUUGUUUUCAAUUGAAGCCAACACAGGACUUGCUGCUAUGUGUUAAAUUUCAGUGAUAAAUAAACUUAACAAAAUAAGACGA